GUUACGGCAGAGAAACAGUGGAUUUAUCCGUUCCUGGCCACUCGCGCGAGCUCGUUGACAAAGGAGACACGUAUUGUUUUGGCGUAUUGGAGAUUAUUAGAAGAAUUUCUCUACUGUGUGGUUUUCCUGUGACGUCCGGGACCGGAAAAGAGCCGUUUGGUCCCCCCCUCCCCACCUCCGACAGCUGGUUUGCGGAUUCCCCACUAUAAGCACUUGAAGUUGUGAGCCGGCUGAGAUGAGCGGUCCAGAGGUGGCCAAGACACCGGGAGGUGGCGCUCCGGGCAAGGAGGGCAAGGAGCCGGUGGCCAACGGGCAUGCAGGAGAGGGCAGCGAAGCCAACCCCUUCGCUGAGUACAUGUGGAUGGAGAAUGAAGAAGAGUAUAACAGACAGGUGGAAGAGGAACUGCUGGAGCAGGAGUUCUUGGAGCGCUGCUUCCAGGAAAUGCUGGAGGAGGAGGACCAGGAUUGGUUCAUCCCUUCUCGUGACCUCAACAACCAGGGGCUGGGGCAGCUGCAGCAGCAGCUCAACGGCCUGUCCGUCAGCGAUCACCAUAACAACCUGGAGGAAGUGGCGAGGAAGAGCAUGUUGAAUCCUGAAGCGAAGGAGUUCGUCCCGGGAAAGAAAUACUAGGAGUCCCCCUCACCCCCAUGGAGCCUCCAUGCGCGCUCACACACACAAAUGCACACACACAAACCAAUUCUCACAUAUUCUCAGAGACUCUGGCGGCCACGCCCGCACACACACUGAUUCACACACUCACUCACUCAUACACACAUGAAGUCAAUGGCGUGCUGGCAGGCCCAGUUGGGGGUGGGGGGAUUUGUUUUUGUUUCUUUCUUUUUUUUUUGUUUCUUUAAUCUUUUUAUUUCCUGUUUGUUUCUUGUAAACUGAGGGACAUUGGGAACAGGGGUGGGGGAGGGGUGUAAUACCAGCACCGCCCUACAGCGGGCGCUAGCUCAUCAUUGCAUUUCAGAUGACACUGUUGAUGCUUACAGAGCAGGUGGGGCUCAUUGAUUUCCCCCAUGGAACCGAGGCAGCUACCAAGCAGUGAUACCAGGAGAGAGAAAAAAACGUCAAUCCAAAACAUCUAAUAAACACGAGAAAUUACUGCACAUACUUGUUAAUUUGUGUGCUGUCAGAUUCGAAAAGCAUCGUCCGUAGGUUGAGGGUCGCCAUGACAGUGAGGACAGAGUACGGCUAACACGUCGGGGGACUCGAAGGGUUUCUGCAGCUGCUCUGUUGCGUCAUCACGGUCAGUCAAACCCGUUAACGUUUGAUCCUAUUUUGUCAUAAGUUCAUGUGACAUCGCAGCUCUUGUGCGGUCCAAAAAUGCAGGUUCUUAUUUGUAUCUGCGGCGGCUCCGUUCCAAACCAAUUACAGGCCCCAUCCCUCCCCGCACGCUUGUUUUUGAAGUGAUCUUAACAGACGUGGACAGGCGUAAUCAUGGAUAAGAAGUUAUUUUCCCGAUUUAUGUGGAAGUCCAUGUUUAUCUUUAGUCCAGUUUAUUAGAACAGAGGUGUGAGUUUCUCUCAAUCAUGCGUCAAGUUGAAUUGAGAAAGGUAAAAAAAUAUUAGAGGGAAGGUCAGAGAUGUGAACCGGGGAAAAAAAAAAAAAAAAAAACCUGAGGUCUCAUUUUAUUUUGUUUUUUUGUUCACGGCUUCAUCCUUCAGUUAUAUUUGAAUUUGUGAGGUGUUGUGAACAACCUUGUUACAGGGGAGUAUUUGGUCUGGAACACAGUCACUGCCUCGUUCUGCCGGAACAACUUGGUUUGUCCGGCAUCAGAUCGAGUGUCCAUAUCCAAAUCAGGUUUUCAAACAGCCUCUCCUCCUCUUUUCUUCUUCUUUUUUCUCCAUGUUUUUGAGGAUGAGGAAUUUUGUGUCUCUACUGGGUACAGUAACCUGUGGUGUCCAUUCAGGCCUGUUUGCAGGAGGAAACUUGAGGGGACAAUAUUGUCAUGGCCAAUGGGAAUAAAGCAGUGUGGAGCACAUGGCGAACCGUAUGGCUUCCUUGCUCUUCUUCUCUUUGUACAUUGACUUUUGAGAAAGUUCUGUUUAACCAUAAAUCCCUGUUGUGGUCUGGCUUUCCCUGAAGCAUCGCCCCUCAGUGCAAGUGUAAUCUCCGUUAGGUUGUGAGCCUUUGGUUAAAAGUUGUGCACGUGAAGAUGCUUCUGAGGAAACCCAGAGUCCGAUCAACAGCCAACAUCAAUUAUUUCGUACGUUUUUGUAGUUCUCAGCCAUCUUGGGUUGAAAAUGCAGAGACGGUGUUGUCGUCUCGUGAUCUGAUUUUUCACGCCACUGUUCAUUUGUGGUAUUGGUGACGAUAACGUCUCGUGUAUUUUACUGCGACGGUCGAACUAACUCGAGUGCUUGUUCUCGACUGAACGAAGCGACUCGAGCGUGUUCUUGAGUCUGCAGUGGAGACGGUGACGUCUUGGUUAAAUGGAACUUCCUCACACAGUGUUGGACCACAGAAUGGCGCCCUGGUGAAGCCAAUAGGAAUGUCCGCCAGGUGGAUUGUACAACAUGAAAUCAUUUUUGGUGAUUUUAUUUAGAUGCGUUUAGAUGACAGAAGCCGUUUAAAAAAAAAAAAAAAAAGACGAAAAAAGAAAAGACAAGAAAAAAGAGGUCCAGAAGACACAGAGUAUGAAUUUCAAUACAAAUAAAAAUAAUGAAAAAAGAAGAAUAAAGAUGUUAAAGACAAA